AAUUAUUUUUCCUUUCCCUCCUGUUUUCCUCCAAUCUUCACUUCACACAAUAAAAUAACAACGCAACACAAUCGAUACUCCAAUGCUUCUCACAAAAUUCACCUUCAUUUCAUCUUCAAGAUCGUAAAAUCAUAAAACGAUGUCGUUAGAUCCAGCUCAAACCGCCACAACUGCCACAACCGCUACAACGUCAAGACCUAUUUCGCCAUUCCCAAAUCCGAACUCGAAACCGCACCAUCACUACGCAUCGCAUUCACAUCAGCAGCAACAGCAACAGCAACAAACCCUUCCGCUUCGUGCUCCAAUUCCGUUUAAUUAUCCGUUCCCUUCCCCCUCACGCGCCGCCGCUAAUCACGCUGUUGGCGGUUAUCCGCCUCCGCCUCCUCCGCCGCUUUUGUAUUCUCACGGAGGUGGUGUUCGCGGUAUGAAUUUGGAUUAUCUAAGUCACGCCUUGCACGUGAGUAGACCACUCUCGCACAUGCAGUUUCCUCAUCUUGCUGCUGCUGCUCCCUCGCCUUCUGCUAAAGGACACCUCAAGGUUACGGGUAGAUCUGCAGUUUCUGAUGUCAAUGGUCAUAAAGAUACAAGUGCGAGGGAAAGAAGCAGAGAUGAGACACUCACAGUUGUUAGAGACCGAAAAGUCAGACUAACAGAGGAUGCUUCUCUAUAUGCACUUUGUAGAUCAUGGUUGAGAAACGGAGUAAAUGAAGAAAGCCAGCCAGCACAAAAAGAUGCAACAAUGGCACUUCCCAAACCAUUGCCUGCAUCUAUGGUGGAUACCUGUACCUCAAACAAGAAAGAUGAUGAAAAUGCCGAAGAUGAGCAAGAAGAGGAUGAGAAGUCUGUCGAGCACUUAUCGACACAAGAUCUAUUGAAGAGACAUAUCAAGCGUGCGAAAAGGGUUAGAGCACGUUUUAGGGAAGAACGGUCGCAGCGCAUUGCAAGAUACAGAAAUAGGCUAAGGCUUUUGGUUCCUCCGCCGGCCUGAACACUUUAGAAAUGACACAACUGCUGGGCACUGACCUUGCUGACUCUAAAGACAUCAGGGUUACUAGAUGACUCUUCACUGUAAUGUUGUUGAUUUAAAAUCGUUUGCAGUUCCUUGAAAAGCAAGGGGUAUCCUUUGCGCUAGUAGCCAAUGUAAAAAUCUAAUUAGAAAUGGAUUUAGAUGUUACAUCUUUUCUCCAUAAUUUCUGGUAUGGCUUGUCUCUGUCCAAUAAAAUUGUUGUAGUUAGGGUUUGAGUGAGUAGGAAUGAAUCAGAAAACUCGGUCAACCUAAUUUUUGUCUGUUUGUAAUUUAGGAUUGAGGUUUAAAAUUAUGAUCUCAUAUAUACUAUGAAUGGCACGAUUUAGACUAGCUUUAGCUUGCAAAAAGUUUCAAGUUGACUAA